AUGGGCGACAGAUGGGUGCACAACAAAACCAACACUGCCUACAUUUCGCGACGGAACCUUCUCUACACAAAUGACGAGUGUACCGUCAUUCAUCUGUCCUACGUCGCUCCUUCUGUACUUGGUCUCCUGCAGAGCAAGAAAUUUGAAAAUUUGACACGCUCUGCAGCUCCGAGAAGGGCAUGCAGGUCAGCGUCUGUGGACUGUUCUCGCGUUGUAAGUACACAGUCUGAGACUGUCUCUAUGGUCCAGAAUCAAUGGCGUCCUGAGCAACCUGAGAUUUGUUCGCUUCUGACCGAUCGCCAUACUGUCCGGCAGAGCCCAACCAAGCGCCCUCCUAUGACUGGCUUAGCUUUUCCUACAGGUCGUUGCCCAACCUAUGUGGAUCGGGGAGCCACUUCUCGACAUUUUGCUAGAGAAGUCGGAAUGUCUGAUGUGUCGAACAACGAGCAAAGAUGGUUAACACUCCAUAUUACAGCAAACGUUCAGGCCUCGUCGCCCUCGUCAGAGCCGAAAGCCGAAGAAGCUGCGUUGUUGUGA